AUGGUAAACAAAAUUAAUUGUGUCCCUCUCGAUGACAUAGGUACGGAAUUCGACGACAAAGGCAACGUAAAAACCACUGCCGGAGAAUUUCUGAAAAGUGAACUUUGCAUCCAACAUGGAAUUCUUCCUAGAGACUUACGUACAAUAGAUACCCAUCAUGUAAACCCGAAAUCAGCAAUUCUAGUCCGAUCAGAGGCAAUACUUGUCAAUCUGGCUCACAUUCGAGCUUUAAUCAAGAGCGACCUCGUGGUUAUAUUCGACACUUUUGGAAGCACGAACAGCUACAACCAGAGUAUUUUCAUAUAUGACCUUCAAGAGCGUCUACGGUCUGGUAAUCGUGACAGCCUCCCUUACGAGUUUAGAGCACUUGAGGCCAUUUUCAUCUCCGUAGUAUCAUCCCUACAAUCUGAAGUCAAUGUGCUAGAAAACAUGGUUACCAAACUACUAUCCGACUUGGAGGAUUCUAUUCAGCAAGAAAAGCUGAAAGAUAUGUUGCAGUAUACCAAAAAAUUAUCGGAGUUCUACCAAGGUGUUGUCUCUACACGGGAUGCUAUUAACGAAGUCUUAGAUCAAGAUGAAGAUUUAGCGGCGAUGUACCUAACGGCUAAGAAAGCGGGGUCACCUAGAGACCCAUCGGAUCAUGAAGAAAUAGAAUUGCUUCUAGAGGCGUACUUGAAGCAAACAGAAGAAGUAGAGAACAAGGCGGCAACACUUAUUUCUCAUAUGAAAUCAACCGAAGAAAUCGUUCAGAUCAUGUUAGAUACCAACCGCAAUUCAUUGCUAUUAUUUGAACUCAAACUCACUGUAGCCACGAUGAGUGUUGGUACUGGAGCUUUGAUAGCAAGCAUGUUCGGUAUGAAUCUUAGAAAUUAUAUGGAGAACGAUCCUUUCGCCUUUGGGAUAGUAUCAGCUGCAACUCUUUGUACAGUCGGGCUUACAUUGGCAGGUGCCUUGCGGAAAGUUAAGGUCUUGUCCAAACCCUAUUGCUAG